AUGCCACCCUCCAAGCCGCCCCAGCAAGCCACCACCACCAGUAAUACCAGUAAUGACAACGACCCAGCACCUGCAUCUCUCUCCCCUGAUCCACAAGUCCAAAAGGACAAGAAGCUGUCUACUCUCCGCACAUCCAUCGCCAGCCUGCAAUCCCAGAUCACGGAGAUUGAGUGCCAGAUCGCACAGACCAGGACCAAAUUGAAGGAUGACCCAUCGACGACCCUCCAGCGACACAUCCGGCUUCUCCACGAGUAUAACGAAGUCAAGGACAUCGCGCAAGGCUUGAUGGGCUUGAUUGCAGAUACGCGCGGUGUCCGGCAAGUUGACGUGCAGCGAGAGUAUGGCGUAGAGGAUCGGGACUAAUUCGGUUGGGAUGUCGGUGGGUUUGUGUUCUAGAUGGAUUUUCAAAGGAGGUGUUUGAUUGAUCGUGGUGUCUACGGGUUGGCGUUUCCGGGUUCUACAAGAUACCCCUGGAGUUUCCUGCGAAAGUAUGGAGUGAUGACAUGUUCUUUUCGUGCUUUUCCCAGACCUCUCAAUACAUAUAAUUUUAACAGCAGAAGCAGAAGCCACCAAACUCUG